AUGGAGCAGGAGUGCCUGGCUCUGGUUGCUGCCUGCGUCCAAACCUCCCAGUUGCUAGUGCAGCAAUGGAUGCUCAACAGGCGCACGGUGAUUUUCGCCAUAGCGAGGAUUCUGCAGAGGAGGCGCUUCCGCAGGUCGGCCGCGGUGCUGAGGCGCAUCCUCUCGGCCAGCGUCCGCCGCAAGAGAGCCCUGCUGCGGCUUCACCGGAACGCCAUCGUCUCCGUGGUCACCAUGGUGUACUCGUCUUCCCCCGCGCUGCACUACGAGCACGAGCUGAUGGCCUUGUCUGAGCGCUCUCACUGGAUGCUUCCGAGGUGCAGCGAAUGGUGGGAGCGGAUGAUCAACUCCGAGCAGGACGACAAGUGCUGGAUUUCCUUGUUCAGGAUGUCGCGGUCCACGCUGAUGUACAUCGCUGAGGAGUUGCGCCCUGCCCUGCAGCGCCGGGACACGGGAAUGCGGUCUCACAUCCCUGUGGAGAAAAGAGUCGCCAUGACUAUCUGGAAGCUGGCGCACCACGACAGCUACAAGACCGUCUCGGAGCUCUUCGGGGUGGGGAUUUCGUCAGCCUGCUCAAUAUUUGAAGAGGUGUGCGAGGAAAUAAACAGCAGGCUGCUGGCCCAAAUCAUUAAGCUGGGAGACCCGCAGGAGAUCAUUGAGGGCUUCAAGGAGAUGGGUUUCCCCAAUUGCCUUGGCGCAAUCGAUGCAAUCCACAUCUCCAUCCUCUGUCCCCCGUUCUCUGCCGACUCCUACAUUAAUUGCAAGGGUUUCUAUUCUAUGGUGCUGCAGGCCCUGGUGGACAGCAAAUCCCGGUUCACCGAUAUCUACGUCGGCUUUCCGGAGAGGUCCCACGACUCCCGCAUCUUGCACAACUCUCCGUUCUUCAACAGCAUGGACGAAGGCACUUUUGGGCCACAGGCGCCAACGGUGCUGGAAGGCGUUUCGAUGACCCCUAUCAUAAUUGGGGAUCCUGCCUAUCCGCUUCGCCCCUGGCUCAUGAAGCCGUACCCAGCGCCAAAAACCGGGGCCCAGGAAAAAUUCAACGAGAGGCUCGCCAAGUGCCGCGUGUGUGUGGAGAGAGCUUUUGGGGUCCUGAGAGCUCGCUGGAGGUGCCUGCAGAUGAGGCUGGAUGUGAGGGAGAAGCUCAUUCCUGUGGUCAUAGCAACCUGCUGUAUCCUGCACAAUAUCUGCGAGAUCAAAGGGGAUGAGUUGCUGGAGCCAUUGGAAAGCCCUGCAGUGGCUGACAGCCAGAAUGCUUCAGCCAGGCCAAGGGUGCCCUUGUCAGAGGCUGGACUGACCAAGAGAGCUUGCCAGAUCAGGGCUGCUUAUUGCUCCUAUUUUGAAAAGAACCCUGUGUAA